AUGACUCAAUUCGACUUGACUGUGGCCACCAAGGGCAGCCAUGCUGCUCUGCUCCCUGUGGUCUUGAUCGCAACCUCCGUCAAUGAGGCUCGUCCCUCUCCUGUGAUCAACAUCAAGCAUGAGGAUACCGCUGUCCUGGGUGAAGGUGAUAAGGCGACUUUGCAGCUCUCGGCGGCUGGAAAGUCAGUCUUCGGCACCGUGCCUGCCAUUGAGGAGCUGUGCAAUCACUUCCCAUUCCUGGUUGGUAAAGAGGCCGCAGUGGAGAAGGAGUGGAUCUCUCAGCUUGACGGUCUGAACACUCUCGAUUUCAAGGCCCUCGACCCCGUUCUCCAGAAGCUCGACACCCACCUUCUCCUCCGCUCCUUCGUUGCUGGCUAUUCUCUCUCCACUGCCGACAUUGCUUUGUGGGGCGCUCUUCGGGGUAACCGUGUGGCUGUCGCUGCGUUGAAGAAGGGUGCUCUGGUCAACCUGACCCGUUGGUACCGGUUCCUCGAGGAGCUGUGCCCUUGGACUGCUGCUGCCAUCGAGGCACUGAACGCGGCUGCCAAGGAGUCCAAGGUUGCCAAAUCCAAGGCCGGUGCCAACUAUGACAUCGCUCUGCUCAACACCGACAAUGGCGUUGUCACUCGUUUCCCUCCUGAGCCCUCUGGUUAUCUCCACAUCGGUCACGCCAAGGCCGCUCUUCUCAACGACUAUUUCGCUCAUGAGAAGUAUAACGGUACCCUGCUUCUUCGAUUCGAUGACACCAAUCCCUCAAACGAGAAGCAGGAGUUCCAGGACGCCAUCGUUGAGGAUCUCGCUCUCAUGGGUAUUAAGCCCAACAAGGUCUCCUACACUUCGGACUACUUCGACCAGCUUUACGACUACUGUAUUGAAAUGAUCAAGACCGGUCACGCCUACGCUGAUGACACUGAGAAGGAGACCAUGGCCGCUCAGCGUAUGGACGGAAUCCCUAGCGCGCGCCGUGAUCUUCCCAUCGAGGAGAGCUUGGCCCGAUUCGAGGAUAUGAAGAACGGCACCGAAGAGGGCCUCCGUUGGUGCAUUCGCGCUAAGAUUUCUCCCGAUGACAAGAACAAGGCUCUCCGUGACCCUGUCAUCUACCGAUGCAACCCUCACCCUCACCACCGGACCGGAGCCAAGUGGAAGAUCUACCCAACCUACGACUUUGCCUGCCCCGUUGUCGAUUCUAUGGAAGGUGUCACUCACGCUCUGCGUACAAUCGAGUAUCGUGACCGUAACCCGCAGUACCAGUGGAUGCUGGAUGCUCUGAAGCUCCGCCACGUUCAAGUUUGGGACUUUGCCCGCAUGAACUUCAUCCGCACUCUGCUGUCCAAGCGCAAGCUGACCAAGCUUGUCGAGAGCGGUGUUGUUUGGGGAUGGGACGAUCCUCGCUUCCCCACUAUCCGUGGAAUUCGCCGCCGUGGUAUGACCAUUCCCGCAUUGCGCGAGUUCAUCUUGAAGCAGGGCCCCUCCCGAACCAUCACCCUGUUCGAUUGGGCACUCAUCUGGGCUACCAACAAGAAGUACAUUGAUCCCGUUGCUCCUCGUCACACCGCUAUCGUGAACAAGGACGCGGUCAAGACUACUAUUACCAAUGCCCCUGCAACCUUCACCGAAGAGAAGCCGCGCCACGCGAAGAACGCCGCCGUGGGUAUGAAGACAGUCACCUUCGCUCCCAACGUGCUUAUGGAGCAAGUCGACGCCAAGUCCUUCAAGCAAGAUGAGGAGAUCACCCUGAUGAACUGGGGUAACGCCUUUGUCCGCAAGAUCACCGCCGACACCAAUGGCACCAUUACUCACCUUGAGCUCGAACUGAACCCUCAGGGCGAUGUCAAGAAGACCGAGAAGAAGGUGACCUGGCUGGCUGAGGGUCCCGAACUUGUGCCUGUGGAGCUUGUCGACUUCGACUAUCUCCUCAAGAAGGACUCUUUGAGUGAGGAUGACAUUCUUGAAGAUGUCCUCAACUAUGACACCGAGUUCCGUGAGCCUGCUCUGGCUGAUAGCAACGUUGCCCAGUUCAAGGAGGGUGAUAUUAUGCAGUUCGACCGCAAGGGCUUCUACCGUGUGGAUCGUGCCUACAGCCCCGGCUCCCCCGCUGUGUUCUUCAACAUUCCUACCGGCAAGGCUAAAUAA